UGCACGAGGACACUGUUCAAUGCAUGCAUGCAUGGAAGCUUCGUUUCGUAUAACUUGGGCUCUGCUCAUCUUCGUACUGCAGGGAGUGCAGGGUGAAGAUGCUGAUGUUCAUGACAAUGUGGAGAGUAAGAAAGAUCAGAAGACAGGGUGUGAUGUGUUCCAAGGGAGGUGGGUGUAUGAUUCCUCUUAUCCUCUUUACAAUUCGUCCGACUGCCCUUUCCUCGAGCGGGCGUUCGAUUGCCAGAAGAACGGCCGACCCGACCUGUCCUACCUCAAGUACAGAUGGCAACCUUCUUCCUGCAACUUGCCUAGGUUUAGUGGGAGAAAGUUCUUGAAGAAGUUCAGAGGGAAGCGCAUCAUGUUUGUAGGGGACUCGAUCAGCCUGAAUCAAUGGCAGUCGCUUACGUGCAUGCUUCAUGCCUAUGUCCCCAAGGCAAAAUACGCCUUCUCUAGAACGGCAGAUCUCUCCACUCUAACAUUCCCGGCGUACAACGUCUCCGUCAUACUGCACCGGAGUGCAUUCUUAGUGGACGUUGCGAAGGAGAAAAACGGGUGGGUCUUAGAACUGAACUCGAUCAGUGGCGGGAGCUUGUGGAGAGGGAUGGACGUAUUGGUCUUCAACACGUGGCACUGGUGGACCCACAAGGGGAGUCAACAAAUAUGGGAUUUUGUUCAAGACGAGAAUGGUAUUUAUACGGACAUGAAUCGGUUCGUGGCUUUCGAGAAGGGGUUGACUACAUGGGCGAAAUGGGUAGGCUUGAAUGUAGAUCCCAAGGCCACCAAAGUCUUCUUCCAAGGUGUCUCGCCAGCUCACACCGAUUCGAGAGAGUGGGGGGACUCGAGAGCGAAGGAUUGUCGAGCGCAGACCCAGCCGCUACACGGGUCGAGCUACUCGGGAGGUACGAACCCAGCGGAGGCCGUCGUGGAGAAGGUGCUGCGCAGAAUGUCGAGGCCGGUCCAGUUGCUCAACAUCACGAUGCUCUCGGCAUUAAGGAAAGACGGGCAUAUAGGUGGUUUUGGGUAUGGAGGACCCAAAGUCAUAGAUUGCAGCCACUGGUGUCUCCCCGGGGUCCCUGAUACUUGGAACUUGCUUCUGUAUGCAUUUCUCAUUCAAAAUUAA